ACUGAUCAUUUUCUUCUAUCUUGGAAGGAUUUAAGAGUAAUAUCUAUCGACAGCAAUAACUCUUUGUUGCAAUAUUUUAGUUGCAUUGUUCUACAGCAAAGUGCAGAGGGGCUUGCUGAUAUAUUGAAAAAUCAGAGGGUUGGUAGAGUCACCCAAUUAGUUUUGUUAUUUAGGAAAAUGAAGGCAUGCAUCUUUACAUAGAAAUCUGAAUGAAAUGUAAAUGGUAGGCAUUGGAGGCAGUCCUACCUUUCUAUAAAUGGACAAGAGACAGGCCAUUGAAAUGAGAUUGGAUUUUUUAUUGGGCAAUGAAUUCUCUCUUAGUCCUUAACCUAGUAUUUACAUCCUUCUUGCUAUUCUCAAACUUGAAUUUGGUCCCUCUUAUACACGUCAUAUUUCUCAAUACCAUCAUACCAUGGGAUUUUCCUUGCGUUGCAGUUGUCCUUCCAAAUGUGGACAAAUCAAAUACAGGAAAUGCUGAAUUCUAAGAAGCGUGGAGAUGCUGCUUUUCGAUCUAAGGACUUUGCUAAUGCCCUUAGUUAUUACAAACAAUUCAUCAAUGGUGGGACCAUGAUAUCACCAACUGUGUUUGCCAGACGCUGCUUGUGUUACUUGAUGAGUGAAAUGCCACAAGAAGCUCUUGGAGAUGCAAUGCAAGCCCAAGUAAUAGCUCCUGAAUGGCCUACUGCCUUCUAUCUUCAAGCAGCUGCCCUCUUUAGCCUUGGGAUGGACAAUGAUGCACAGGAAAGUCUUAAAGAUGGAACAUCCUUGGAAACACUAAGACACAGAAACUGAUAGUGUAUAGGUUUCUUUACCCCUUUCUUCUUGCAUUAGGGACAAAAGAAAAGAAAAAAAUAGCAAAUGAAAAUACCCCUUGUAUCUAUCUUUAUCCAUCUCUUUCUUUCCUUGGCUCAUUAGUUUCAACAGCACCUGAGGAUUAAUGUCCAAUUUACGUUUGAUCUAUGUUCUUAAUUAUCUCAGUCUUUAGUUGCUUCUGUAAUUAAUUUUUUUUUUUUCACAUUUCUUAGCUGUCUUGUGGCUUCUGCUAUAUUCAGAUUGUGA